AUGGAAGACGGCGAGCUUGGUUUCUCAAACCAUGAAGUGUUUCCGAGUGGCAACGAAUCGGCUGCAACGAAGCUUCAGUGCCAACGUAUUGGCUGCAAUGCCAUGUUCACCCAGGACGACAAUCCAGACGGUGCUUGUCAGUUUCAUGCGUCUCCUAAGUCAUACGGAACCAUUAGUGGAUCAUCUUCGGAACCACAAGUUGGUAAAACAUCGMCUGUCUCACAGACAGGUGUAUCUGGAGAUGUAACACCCCAAAAAGCUGGUCUCAAUCUGAGCAAAAUAUUCGGAGGUAAUUUGUUGGAAAAGUUUACGGUGGACAAUUCGACUUAUUGUCAUGCCCAGGUCAGAGCCACUUUCUAUCCAAAGUUUGAYAACGAGAAGACUGACCAAGAGAUACGAACAAGAAUGAUUGAAAUGGUAUCUAAAGGGUUGGCAACGCUGGAGGUAUCUCUUAAGCAUUCAGGCUCUCUUUUUAUGUAUGCCGGUCACACAGGUGGAGCAUAUGCAAAGAACAGUUUUGGUAAUAUUUAUACUGCGGUUGGUGUUUUUGUUCUUUCACGGAUGUUCAGAGAGGCUUGGGGAACUCGGGCUAAAAAGAAGGAGGCAGAAUUUAAUCACUUUCUUGAGAAAAAUCGCAUGUGCAUAUCUAUGGAACUGGUAACAGCUGUUCUUGGAGAUCAUGGUCAACGCCCACUGGAUGAUUAUGUGGUAGUGACGGCUGUUACCGAGUUASGUCAUGGUAAGCCGAAGUUCUAUGCAACUUUCGAAAUAAUUGCAUUUUGCCGGAACUGGCGUCUACCUACAAAUCACGUUUGGCUCUUUUCCACAAGUGAAAAAGAGUUUGGAAUGCUAUUAGAGCUUAUCUUGGCUGGACAGCUUGAAGUAUACAUGUUCCUGUUAGCUUGCUCAACCUAA